GACUUGGUACGAGCAAAAAUCAUUUUUUUGUGGUGAUUUUUAAAAUUUCAAUUUACUGUAAACAUCUUGAAGUAAUAUAAUAAACAUCAACCAUUAAAUCAUGUCAAAGGCUUCAUUCAAAAGACAAAAGGUAGUGGCCAACAAACCUUACGAGCCAUUAAUACCACCUACCAAAUAUGAUCCUUCCCCUGCAACGUUGAAGAAUUUCCCAUCAUCAAUUGUCAAUGGUGUAACUAGUGAGGGUGGAUUGUUUUCAUUAACUUUCAAAGCUGUUACAGCUGCUUCAUACAUAGAGAAUGCCGAUCUUAUACGUAAAUCCUUGUUUGAUUCCAGUGAUUUGGAUCUUUCUCAAAUAACAGAUAAGGAAUUUGAAGGUGAGAAGAAAUUACAAACAUUAAAGGAAGAAGUUUCUCAAUUGAAGUCAGAGUCAACUUUAAAAUCAAAGAUAACGGAAGAAUCCCCAUUGAAAGAUAAAUUACAACAAGACUUAGAAUCAGGAGAAAAUCUUACAGCUAUAGGGAAACAAUUAAUAGAAGAUUAUCAUAUUGCAAAUCCAAAUAAAUCUCUUGUAUUCAGUGUUAAGGCAUAUAAUGAUGUUUAUGAUUUGAAAAUACCUGAUUUAAAAGUUGAUAAAUUCGAAGAUGUUAAAGAUGUUGAUCUUAAACCAUAUCAAAAGGAAUCAACAGCAGUUGUUGAGACUGUCAGUGAACCAGUUGUUGAACCAGUAGUUGAGCCAUCUGUCGAACAAGUUGCCGAACCAGUCAUUGAAGCAGUUCAUGCACCAGUUGCUGCAUCUAUUAGUGAGCCAACCGUCGAGCCAGUAGUUGAACCAAUUGCCGAAACAGUUGUUGAAACAGUUGUUGAAACAAUCAUAGAGCCAGUUGUCGAACCAGUAGUGGUGCCAGUCGCAGCGCCAUUUAAUGAGCCAGUCGCUGAACCAGACACUCAAACAUCAACCAUACAUCCAACUACAGAGCAGGAGACAACCAUCACAGAAGCUACUGAAUCUCAAGAUAUAGUCACUGAAGCACUUGCCGUUUCUCAAACUUUUAACGAAUCAUAAAUAGAAUGUAUAUUGUUUAUAAAUCUGUAUUUUUAUA